CAGCAUGCUGUACUGCUGCACAUGGCAAGCGCAGCAAUGACGGUCCGCUAUUCCGGUUAAAGCGAUGCAUCUUUUAGCCGCAUGCCGACACCCGUCAUACCAUGUCAGGGACAAGUACCGGUCACCCACCAGAUACCCCGCCACAAUCGCCGAAAUACAGCUAUCGACCACACAUAUACUGGACGCAUUUUCGCCGCCCUUCUUAGAGCUUUCUUCUAUUUGCUAUCCACGCUUUGCCAUCCAUCAUGCCCGUCUGGUGUCUCACUGGCGCCAACAGAGGCUUAGGCCUGGAGUUCGUCCGGCAGCUCUCGCAAUCACACGACAACAUCUUGCUAGCCUGUGUGCGAUCAACCUCUUCCGACUUGACAGAUCUGAACAAGGUGUAUGAGCCUAACAAAGCGAACACCCACGUCCUGACUUGUGACACCGGCGACCUUUCUUCGAUCAAGAAUUUCGCCACAGAAGCGAAGAAAGUGCUCAAUGGCAAGAAGAUCGACUACCUUCUCAACAACGCUGGCAUAAACAGUAAACCUGAACAGACCAGCCUUACCAUUGGCCCAGAAGACCUUGAUGAGCAGAUCCGCGUCAACGUGCUCGGCCCGGCCAAGACUGUUGAGUAUCUCAUGGAUGAAUCGCUUCUUGCCCCAAACGCAAGGAUCAUGAACAUGACCUCUGGGUUGGGCUCGGUGACCCGCUCAUUACAGAUUACGCCUCGCAAGUGCGCCACGUACAGCAUCUCCAAGGCCGGCGUCAACUCAUUGACCGCACAGCAAAGUGGCGACUUGAGAGAGAAAUUGGGCAAGGAGUGUGUCGUGAUAUGUAUGGAUCCAGGUUGGGUGAAGACGAGAAUGGGUGGCGAAGGCGCGAUCCUGGAGCCGGAAGAGAGUAUCGGUGGCAUGCUAAAAUGCAUCAACGGCUUGAAGACGGAGGACAAUGGAAAGUUCUAUACCUACACCGGCGAGGAGGUGCCGUGGUAGACCUAGUAUUAGAUACAUUUUCAACGUGCCUGGCGCAAGUCUUUGAUUAGCUGUAACCCUCGAGCAGAACAGUGAAAAGCAGAGCGCUUCGAGACCAUACCUCUUCGCAUAGCAUCUCCGCCUUGGAAACGUUACGCUUCCUAAACCUCGCAGACAGAUGCUUCGUUCCAUGCCUACUUAAUUUGCCUGGAGCGUGCCGUUGGGGCCUACGGAGAGCUCACGAGAGCACCGUGCAUCGCUGAUAUCACCUUCGCCUUCUGCCGAGAAUGCCCUGUUUCG